GGUGGCGGCAAUAUUCUCUCAGCUGCUGCAGUUGCCACGGUAGUGGUGGAUGUAACGAUGCAUCCCAUGGACACCAUCAUUACAAGAAUCCAAUCGCCCGCCUACAAGACACACUAUCGCCAGCUCAACGGCCUGUUCCAUCGCAAUCUGUUUCAAGGGCUCUAUCAAGGCUUUGGGCCAACUUUGAUAGCUGGAAUACCAUCAUCCGCAGCUUUCUUUUCAAUCUACGAGGGCUCAAAGAGCCUCUUUGAACAUGCACAGAAAUCGGGCCAUUUGCAGUUUGUCCCUCUUCCAGUCGCACAUGCAAUCAGUGGUGCGGCCGCGGAUCUCAUGGCCUGUGCCAUCAUCAAUCCGGCCGAAGUAAUUAAGCAGAAUGCACAAGUCUCCAGGCAAAGGAGCACAUCUCCUAGACAGCGUUCGCAUUUGAUGCGAGCCCUGAAGACGUUUUCGCGGCAACCCACCCAGCUAUGGACAGGUUAUACCAUGUUGGUGGCCAGUUCUCUGCCGGGGACUAGCCUGACGUUUAGCCUGUACGAAUGGCUCAAGCAGAGAUUGACGGCGGCGACCGACAGUGACCUGACUUGUGACAUUCAGUACCAAGCAAAAGUCAGCGCUGUGAGUGCAGCCGUUGCAGCUGGCUGUGCUUCAUGUAUAUUUGUUCCGGUAGAUGUUGUCAAAACGAGAAUGAGGCUGGCCGCGGGCGACAAUAACUCAACCACUUCCAGUACAAAUGUAAUCGUGCAGGGCCCAAUGGCUACAGCGAAGAACAUUCUUCAGACCGAGGGAGUGAGAGGCCUGUUUCGUGGGCUGACCUUUACAUUUUUGGCAAGCAUGUUUGGCGCUGGAUUAUACCUGGGCUGCUACGAGGGGUGUAAACUAUACAUGGCAGGCGACGGGGGCUCUAGCAAGACGCUUAGUGAGUGA